AUGGAACGUUUCAUACUACCAAAAUCUAAAGAAGGCAUUAUUGUUUCAACAAGAGAGAAAGCUAGAAAGAGACAGGCACUUUGUCGUAUCAAGAAAAGGAACGAGCAAAGUCUUAUUCCUACAACAUCCAACCAUCUUGAAGAUACUGGAAAUAAACAAUUUGCUUCAACAUCCAAUCAUCUUGAAGAUACUGAAAAUCAAGAACAAAUAAAUAUUUCUGCACAACAAUCAUUAGUACAAGAACAUUAUUGUGGAUUACUCAACACUAAGUGCGAUUAUUGCGAUUCUCUAAAUUUUUUAUUGGAAAAACCCACAGAUGGCAAAUUUAAGAAUUGCUGUCAUAAGGGUAAAGUUAAGAUACCAUCAAUCCGAUAUAUUCCUUUUUUACAAGACCUUUUAUCUAAUCCUAACAAUGAAUUUCAUUCAAACUUUAUGAAAUAUAUAAGAUCUUAUAAUAGUUCACUUGCGUUAGCAUCCAUGGGAUCACAGAUUUCUAAUAGUUUAAACCCAGGCCCAUAUUGUUUUAGAGUUCAUGGGCAAAUUUAUCACCGAACAUCUCAUUUAUAUCCUUCCACUGGGAUGCCUCCUAAAUUUGCACAACUAUAUGUCCUUGAGACCACCCAGGCUGUUAAUGGCAGGUUACACAUGAAAGAAAAUUCGGGUUGCAAUGAGGAUCUCUUAAAAAGAUUAGAUAUUUUAAUAAGACAGAAUAACCCAUUUUCUAUUAGUUUUAAAACCUUGGGAGAAAUUGAGAAAGAAGAAAAAAAUAGGGCUAUUCAAGAAAAUCGUCCAGUUCAAAAAAUCAAUAUGAUUUUUCGUGCAGAUCGCUCAAGUGACAAGCGAAGAUAUAACAUUCCUAAUAUAGAUGAAGUAGCUAUGAUUUUUACAAAUGAUGAUGGUGAACCCCCAUUUAAACGGGAUAUCAAGGUCGAGGCGAAUAAUUUAAAUUUUAUUAGACAAAAUCAGCCAAAAUUACGAGUAGAUGAAUAUUCUGGAUUAAUGGACUACUUGGAAACAAAGUCAAACAAUAUAAUUCCCGGCAAAGCAGAAAAUCUAUUUCCCGGGCAAAGUCCUACAGAUAGACCAGAUUUAAUAGCCCGUGUUUUUAAAUUGAAAUUAAAUGAAUUAUUGUUCGAUAUAAAUAAAAAAAAUUUAUUUGGUAAAUCUAUGGCUUUUAUAUAUACAAUCGAGUUCCAAAAAAGAGGUUUGCCUCAUGCCCAUAUACUUAUUAUUUUAAACGAUGAUAGCAAAAUUGAAACAUCUCAAGCUAUAGAUAAAUUUGUUUGUGCCGAAAUGCCAGAUAAAAUUCUCGAUCCUAAACUUUUUCAGAUUGUUACCCAUUUUAUGAUACAUGGUCCUUGCGGGAUAUUUAACCCCAAAUCGCCUUGCAUGGAAAAUGGCAUAUGUACCAAAAAAUUUCCGAAGGAUAAAUGGAAACAAGACCAAAUAUUGAUGGGUAUCCAUAUUAUAAAAGGCGAGAUAAUGGGCUAUGACUGUACUAAUGUUGACAUUAAUGUUGCUUCAAAUAUAAAUAUUCAUGACGAAAUUAAAUCACAUUUAAAUGCGCGAUAUGUGAGUGCAUGUGAAUCAAUGUGGAGAUUAUUAGAAAAUAAUAUGCAUGACCGCUCGCACGCUGUUAUUUGUUUAGGAAUUCAUUUACCUUUACAACAGCCAGUAAAUUUCACUGCUGGACAUGAAAGAGAUGCUUUAUUGAGAUCAGAAAAUAUACUACUUUAA